AUAAUGCAACUUAAGGCUUUGAGGAAGGCCAUUUUGUGUUCCAGCAUCACUAUGCCUCUGUGCACAAAGCAAAGUCCACAAAUGCAUGCUUUGAUAAGUUUGGUGUGGAGGUAAUCAAGUGGCCUGAACACAGCUCUGACCAAACUCCAUUGAUACUUGAGGUGAAUUGGAACACAGAUUGCAGAGCAGACCUUUUAGUCCUACGUCAAGGGUUCUUGACCUUUUUGGUCUCACACCUCCCCUGUAAAUAAACUUAAACUUCGCACCUUCCUUCUUCUCCCAAAAGCAAUUAAUGAGUAUGUUACAUAAUUGAUAUGGAAAUUUUAUUUGAACAUCCUCCGAUGUACAGAAAAUUGUGUGUAUGUGUAUAUGUAUAUAUUCUCUUAAAGAGACAUGGUGGUCACCAAAACCACUGCAGCAAAAUCUUCUGUACAUCGGAGGAUGUUAAAAUAUAAUUUCCAUAUCAAUUAUGUCAUUUAACCACUAUUAAUUGCUACAAAUAACAGUCGCCGAGUGUGGAUUUAUUGUGUGACUGCUCUUCUUCUUGCGAUGUGUUGUAAGUCCACACUUUGAGUGCCUGGAAAUCUUUUUGUUGCCUUGACGUUUGGGCUUGCUGGUCCUGUUCCAGAGCACCUAUGGCCGCUGGGGGUGAGUGCGGUUCCUAUGACAAAUUUUGCUAUAUAGUAAGUCCUUUCCGGCACAUUGGUUUGGUACAAGAUUAAAUUAAAUAGUCAGCCUUCAUUUUACUGAACACUUUGUACGAUAUAUGGUCAUUCGAAAGCUAAAAACAUAUUACAAAAAAUGUUAAUAGGGAAAGUUAAUCUCCCCAUUAACACCUUUGCACCAGCCCAAGGGAGGCACACCACAGGUUAAGAAGCCCUGUCCUAUAUCCAUGUCUGAGUUACCAACGUUAUUUUGGCUGAAUGGUCACAAAUUCCCAGACACAAUCCGCUUCAAAGAGAGUGCCAACUACAUGCUAAUCCCAAUGGUUCUGGAAUGGGAUGUCGAACAAGCUCUCAUAGAUGUGAUGGUCAAGUGUACACAGAUCUAUUAAUCAAUACCAGUUUCUUUUGUUUGUUGAGAGAUUCCUUAAAACAUAAUCAGCUGCAACACCAAGAGAAAUCACUCUGAAAGAGCUACAAGUGACCAUGUGAAGAAUAUAUAAACUGUCUGCUUUGUUUCCCCUGGGUUCAUAUAGGCCAGAUGUUUUCAGCACCUCACACACAUAAUUAGUCUAUUGUACUAGGGAAAAAAAAAUCAACCAUUUAUUGUGGGCAGUUGCCUAUGGCAUGAUGUAUAGAUCUGUUCUAACUAGUGGGAACCAGAGAAAUCAAAUCUCAGUGGUUUAAGAGCCUAUUAAAGCAUCAUAGUGAUGUGGAUUAAUUUAGAAAUAAACAAAAAUGUUUAAAAGUCUAUCUGUUCCUGUCCAAAUCUGAGAUGAAUAAAUUGCGUAUACGCAGAAGUAAGUUCACACUGACACAUGCAGUUCAGGUUAAAAACACUUCAGGAAAUUUAUUAGCAUCUAGUUAAAAAGUGUGCACGCAGGCCUUUUUAUAUGCAAAAUGACAUCAUCAUUGAAUAUCAGAUAAUAACAAAUAAACAUCAUUAAUUGGGUUAAAUGUUAAGUGGCUAUGUCAGUGUCCACCCAUUAAUAUUAUUAAUUGGCUCAGAGAUUUGAGUGACUAGUGAGGCACCCUCCCAUCAUGGGAUGUCGUCGCCAUUGCUCUUUAGCACGAGGCUUACUCGGUGGAAAGGGGGGGGCUUGGGCAUCAUUUUACGUAGUUAGUGAUGUCAGUCUCGUGGUCUGUUCCAAGGUUCUUUUAUGAAUAGAACAUUUCAUUUAGUCGCUGUUCUCCUGGCCUUGGAUUAUACUAUGUUGCAAGUCAACGGAGAUCCGCUAACUCCGGGGCUAGUUAUGUCCUUAGAGAGAGAAAAUACAAUCUCUUAUUCAUUAUACUGAAUACUGUCAGGAAAUUCUGUCAUGUAAGGUGAACAAAAUGGAGAAUUCUGUCAUAGUGUGAGAUUAAAAUGGAGUUAGUACAAUAAUUCAAUACAGGUUCUAAUAAAGAUUUUAAUAAUUCUACAUCAAUAGCAAUGAGGUGAAUGGUGCGAGAGUAUUCUGCGUCUACCCUAAUUUCUGAAAGUGGACUAUAACAGAAGUAAUUUAUAAGAGAGCCCAGGGUUAACCAUGUAAUUAUUUGAACUGCUCUUUGGAGUUAAAACACUUAUCCAAUUAUUCUCCUUUGAGCAAGGGAAUUGUGGAUCAUAUCUGUCCUCAAAUAACUAAACCUAUCUAUCUAUCUAUCUCGUUUGCACUCCUACCUCCAGCCAAUGAUACAAAUUUUGCUAUAUAGUAAGUCUUUUCCAGCACAUUGGUUUGGUACAAGAUUAAAUUAAAUAUUCAGCCUUCAUUUUACUGAACACUUUGUACGAUAUAUGGUCAUUCGACAUAUUGCAAAAAAAUGUUAAUAGGGAAAGUUAAUCUCCCCAUUAACACCGGGUGCUCAGCCACACUGUAUGAUUGCCAGCACUCCUGGAUUUCUAAUAUCAAAAUACUUUAUUGUCAAGUCGACGUUUCAGUCCCUAAUCCGGGAUUUUUAUCAGGACAUACAAAGUAACAUCUUGCAUGCAACAGGCUUAUAUACAAACUAUAAAAACAUAAGGUAUUGAUUACUCACCACGUGCAGCUGUUCUGCCCAUGGGACGGCCGACCAGUGUCAGAAGUGCUUAAUGAGUUCACUAGGAGCUGCCUUGUGCAGAGAGAGGGUGGGGUCGCCCAUCAGGAUUUCACUUCAUGCUUCAAAGCGUUGUCUAGGCAACCAUCGAUAACUGUCUGCUAUUGGCUGCCACAAGACCGCUGAUAUCCACCAGGAAGUAUGUGAUGGACCCGUCCACCUCGCUUGUUCACAAGCUUACUCGUUUCUAUGGCAACCAGUUGGUCGCCACACAAAGGGGAGAACGUUGAAUAAACAGAUUUCUUUUGGCAACUAGUUUUUUAAGACCGAGCAAUAAAGAUUAUUAACUAUAAUAUGAGAGAAUGCAUAUGAGGGGGGGGAAAAGGGGCUGUUUGUGGAGUGAGCACCGGUCCUGUUGGGGGCUGGCAGAGAGCUGUUACUUACCUUCCCUGCAGCUCCUGUCAGCUCCCUUCUCUCUCCUCCGGUCCAGUCAGCUCCACUGCAAGUCUCGCGAGGCACUCACACAGCCCAUCUACUGGACCACCAGGGAAUGAGAGCCCCCCUCCCUGGCCAGCUAACAAGCAGGGAGGGGGGAACGAAUAAAAAUAUAAAUUUAAAUAAUAAAAUAAAAUGAAUAUUUAAAAAAUAAUCAUAAUAAAAUAUUAAUAAUAUAACAAAUUUAUAUUAAAAUAAUAAAAAAUGCCCACCCCCCCACCAAGGCUCUGCAUUCAUACACACACACACACACACACACACACACACACACACACACACUGCAUUUAUUAUAUACACACACUGUAAAUAAAUAUUCAAUUAAUAUAAUUUUUUGGGGAUAUAAUUUAAUUUAGAAAUUUACCAGUAGCUGCUGCAUUUACCACCCUGGUCUUAUACUCAAGUCAAUAAGUUUUCCUAGUUAUUUGGGGUAAAAUUAGGGGUCUCGACUUAUAUUCGGGUCGACUUAUACUCGAGUAUAUACUAUUUUAUAUACAUGGGUCAAAGGACCAUGUAUAUAUUAUAAAAAUGGGAUGAAAGAAAAUUUUUCAUUCAAUCCCUUUGGGGACAGAGUGUUCAACUCAAGAAUCCAGAAUGUCUCUUUUUGUAAGAGGAGUUUUGCUCUGUCCCCACCUUGAUUUGGCAUGGGGUCGUGGUUGAUUGCUAGACAUCUUAAUGUCGAAAGUUGGUGCUGAUACUCCAGGAAAUUUCGGGCCACAGGUUUGUCCGACUUGCCAUCAUGAUAUGCCUUACCUAUCUUGUAUAUUUAAAAAAUAAAAAUUGUUACAUUUUUAGUAGACAAUUCUUUUAAGAAUUGUUGGUGUUUCUAAUUGCUGUCUCUUGGGAGUCCUAUUUAGAUGUUGAAUUGGAACAGUGUGAAACCUUCACUUUUUUAUUUUUAUCUUUUUGUUUCAUACAGAUCCCAGAAUUUGACAAUCUGUAUUUGGACAUGAAUGGGAUUAUCCACCAGUGCUCCCACCCAAACGAUGAUGAUGUACACUUCCGGAUAUCCGAAGAUAAAAUAUUUGCAGAUAUAUUCCAUUAUCUGGAGGUGCUAUUUCGCAUCAUUAAGCCCAGAAAAGUGUUUUUCAUGGCCGUGGAUGGUGUUGCUCCAAGGGCAAAAAUGAACCAGCAGCGGGGGAGACGUUUUAGGUGAGAACUGAUCAUACCUAUUAGAACCAGAUCAUUAAAAAAAUAAAAUAGGUUGUCAGAAGGCAAAUCCCUAGCUGUAAUGAGAUUAGAUUAGACUAAAAUUCCUAGAAUGCUUUGCCAGUCUUCAACAGUUAAUGAUGAAUUCACAAGGAAAUUUUGAAGCUUCAUGCUUACAUGGCUGAGCUGAGAAUUUGCUCAAUUUGGAUGUUUUUGUCCUAAAAUUGUAUUCCCAUUAAUACUGUAUACUUUACGGUGUAGGGAAAAUGUAUACCAUUGUUGCUAAUCUAGGAAAAUUCCACCCCAACAAAAAAAUGUAUCUGUUCCAUUUUAUGGCCCAGUCCAGUACCUGGCCAAAACGUGCUUCCUUCUACUCUUGAAGGCAUUUGUUAUUUACGGUAAGCCUUUGAGGUAGAUUUAAUAUUGCAAAACAGGUGCUAUUGCAGGACAAAAUAAGUAAUCUAAUCUGUAUGAACUUUUUAUUCUUGUUUGUGCUGUAACUUUUUUUUUUUCUUCUUCUAACUGAAAUAUCCUGUACUCAAGCUGCAGAACUCAUUUUGUCAUGUUAUGGACAGCGAUACAUGCACGUGAUUGGCCAAUCAUAUAUUUCUUAGUGACUGGUUUUACAGCUUGAAUAUAGGUGUAUGUAUGAAUAAAGUGUAUGAUUGGUACACACCACGAUUGGCCAGUGUAUGUAUGAAUAAAGUGUAUGAUUGGUACACACCACGAUUGGCCAGUGUAUGUAUGAAUAAAGUGUAUGAUUGGUAUACACCACGAUUGGCCAGUGUAUGUAUGAAUAAAGUGUAUGAUUGGUAUACACCACGAUUGGCCAGUGUAUGUAUGAAUAAAGUGUAUGAUUGGUACACACCACGAUUGGCCAGUGUAUGUAUGAAUAAAGUGUAUGAUUGGUACACACCACGAUUGGCCAGUGUAUGUAUGAAUAAAGUGUAUGAUUGGUAUACACCACGAUUGGCCAGUGUAUGUAUGAAUAAAGUGUAUGAUUGGUAUACACCACGAUUGGCCAGUGUAUGUAUGAAUAAAGUGUAUGAUUGGUACACACCACGAUUGGCCAGUGUAUGUAUGAAUAAAGUGUAUGAUUGGUACACACCACGAUUGGCCAGUGUAUGUAUGAAUAAAGUGUAUGAUUGGUACACACCACGAUUGGCCAGUGUAUGUAUGAAUAAAGUGUAUGAUUGGUACACACCACGAUUGGCCAGUGUAUGUAUGAAUAAAGUGUAUGAUUGGUAUACACCACGAUUGGCCGAUUGGAAAAUGAAAUAUGACACAGUGUAUGUAUGAAUAAAGUGUGAUUGCCAAUUGGCCAGUGUAUGUAUGAAUAAAGUGUAUGAUUGGUACACACCACGAUUGGCCAGUGUGUAUGAAUAAAGUGUAUGAUUGGUACACACCACGAUUGGCCAGUGUAUGUAUGAAUAAAGUGUAUGAUUGGUACACACCGCGAUUGGCCAGUGUAUGUAUGAAUAAAGUGUAUGAUUGGUACACACCACGAUUGGCCAGUGUAUGUAUGAAUAAAGUGUAUGAUUGGUACACACCACGAUUGGCCAGUGUAUGUAUGAAUAAAGUGUAUGAUUGGUACACACCACGAUUGGCCAGUGUAUGUAUGAAUAAAGUGUAUGAUUGGUAUACACCACGAUUGGCCAGUGUAUGUAUGAAUAAAGUGUAUGAUUGGUACACACCACGAUUGGCCAGUGUAUGUAUGAAUAAAGUGUAUGAUUGGUACACACCACGAUUGGCCAGUGUAUGUAUGAAUAAAGUGUAUGAUUGGUACACACCACGAUUGGCCAGUGAGUGAUGCAGGAAACCCUCCAUGCUGUUUCUUGAAAGAAACGGACACUUUACUUUCAUACCUACCUACAGGUCAAACAUCUGAUUUAUAAGGAAUGACUUUAAAAAUAUUAUGAGGACAGCAUGCAGCACUUUGAUUCCAUCAGCCUUUGUUUUAUCUUUUUACAUUAGAUCUGCAAAAGAGGCAGAAGAAAAAAUAAAGAAAGCUAUAGAGAAAGGAGAAGUCUUGCCAACAGAAGCUAGAUUUGACUCCAAUUGUAUCACACCUGGUAAGUGUUAUCUCUCUAUAAAGAGCAUAACUUUAUAAAUGUACAAAAUUCUGUAUUGGGUUAACGCUAUCUUUCUGAUUCAGUCCAGAUUUGAAAAAACAAAACAUGAGGUAUUUUAUUUUAUUAAUCUGAAUAGGCACAGAAUUCAUGGCUCGCUUGCAUGAGCACUUGAAGUAUUUUGUAAAUAUGAAGAUUUCCACAGACAAGGCUUGGCAAGAAGUGUCCAUCUACUUGUCUGGUCACGAGGUAAGUGUGAGCCAUCAACCAGAUGAUUGCUUUGACCUCGAACACAUUGCUGUUUAUGGACGUACUAAAAAAGUGCUCAUGGUUUCUAUUUUUUGCUUCUCUAGACGCCAGGGGAAGGAGAGCAUAAAAUAAUGGAGUUUAUACGAUCUGAGAAAACGAAGCCAGAUCACGAUCCAAACACAAGGCAUUGCCUUUAUGGAUUAGAUGCUGAUUUGGUACGUAUUUGUUGCCGUUUAAUAGCCCCAGGUGUACAGUUUCUCUUUAUUUAUUUGUUUUUUAUAUUUUUUUUUUUUUUCUUUUCCAAUAUUAUAUGAAACAUUUUAUUGAAGAGAUUGUUUUUGCUGGUUAAGCUUAUCUGUGCUCAAUAUGUAUUUAAAGACUUUUAUUUUAUUUUUUUAUAGGCGUAUUAAUUCUGUAGUUUAGGGUGGAAAAAGCAUUGGAGAAACAGUCUAACAAUAUAAGCAUGUGUUUUCCCUGUUGAGCACUAUUCAUUAUAAUUCCAUGUCGCUAUCAGUCAUCACCAAUGGCCUUGUGCAGUCCAAUCUAAUGCAGAAAUCGAGAAGCAUUUUAUUGGACUGAUUUUCACCAGCUCUGUGUGUUAGAGGGGGUGGGUGAACGACAGAAAAAUAAAACUAGCUUUGGUGCUAUAGGGAGGUGUGGAGGAUUAAACAAAAGCAGGUAGGUGUAGUAUUGCAGAAGCACGGCCUACAGAGAACCUAAUUACGCCUCUUGCCAGAGCACACUGCGUGCUGAUGACAGAAGCCACUUUUGCACAGGAUUAACAUUAGGGAGUUCUGGGUUGCCUAGGUCGCAUUGCCUGGCACAAAACUGAAAAUAUUUCUGUAGGUGCAGCUUUUCAUGCAGUAACUCAGCACAUACCAACUCCUACCACCAUGACUUCUAAAAGCAUAAGUGGUCAAGGUGGUUGGAGUAACUCUUUAAAGAAGCUGUCAGAUUACUCCGCCUUGCUGCCCAUAAUAAAUGUUAAGCUUGUCAGACUGUCAUGUCGCCUUGAAAAAUCAUCCUGUCUUUUUUUUUAUUUUUUAUUUUUUUAUUUUUUUAAUUUCGUAUUGUUGACUGCUGUACUUUUUUUUUCAUAAGAACACCACAGCACUCAGCAAUUUGUGAUCUAUAAUGGUGGUCUUAUUCAAAGUGAUAUAUUAGUUAGUAUGAUUGCAGCCUUUGCAUACUCUUUCCCUCCCCAGAGGCUUCUCAAUGAGAAGUGUGUGCAUUUUUGAUUUUGGGUCUAGAGGAGCUGGAUGUGCUUAUUUGACAUAUGUGUGGGAGGAGGCAGGCACUGUCCACUCAGUGAAGCUAAUGGAAACCUCCUUAGUUGUUUGAGAUCCAGGGCUGGGCUUAAAAUGGAAUACUACUCCCCAUAAAACACCUCUGCAAGCUGAAGUGCUUUUAGUGUGUGGAUUGGUCCUUUUUAGACCUCCACUUGAAUACUUUAAUUUUGUAUUGGUGCUGUGAAUGCAAAGCUGGGUUAUUGGCCACUGUUUUGUAUAGCUGUCCCCCCUUUUAUAUUUAUAAAGAUUUGAUACUUGAUACCCUUUUUUUGAAAAUGAGGUGUGUGUGUGUGUGUGGUUUGUUUGUUUGUUUGUUGUUUUUUUUUUUUUUUUUUAAUUGGGUGUUUUUUGUUUAACACUCAAAAUAUUCAGUGGGACAAGCUAGCAAUUACUUGUCAUAUUGUCUAAACCAGUGGUUCCCAACCCAGUCCUCAAGUACCCCCUACCAGUCCAGGAUUUAGGGAUUACACAGUUGUCUAAGGUGUUUUAGGGAAAAAAAUAAAUAAACUUUAGCCACAACAGGGUAAUACCUAAAUCCAGGACUGGUAGGGGGUACUUGAGGACUGGGUUGGGAAUCCCUGGUCUAAACCAUAAAUUACAUGCAGAAUUGGUUUCUGUUCUUCCAUUGAACUGUUCUUGCAGUGUUCCUUUUUAAUUAUAAUUGUAUAUAUUGUAUCCAUUGCUUUCCUUGUUCUUCCACUCCAUUAAAAUAUUUGUGCUAAUUUCUGACAAGGUCAUUUUCUUCAUUAUAUUCUGAAUAUUUAUUUUCUCAGAUUAUGCUUGGUUUAACAAGCCAUGAAGUUCACUUCUCUCUUCUAAGAGAAGAGGUCCGCUUUGGUGGAAAGAAAAAUCAAAAAAGGUAACCUCUUAUUUAAUUCUGUUUGCAGGAUCCCCAUAUUGUAAUAUACACCAUGCCUUUUGCUACUAAUAUAAAAUGGGAUUAAAUUGACACUUUAGUCACUGUAAUUGCUUCAUCUCACUGAAGUUGUUAAUGUGUCCUGAGUCCUCUGGGGCUGUCAUUCUAAGGAAUGUUAAACUGUCUUAAUGGUUUAAUACUAUACGAGAAUCCCCUGCAGUCCAUUCUUUGUGCUGCUUGGGCUAAUGAGGAGGAAAGACAGCAGACUUUAGAUUGGCUGAGAGUAUCCGCUUACUGCUUUAAGCCCAUGACCACCACCAUUGCAGGUGUAAUCACAGGGACCCUCAUUUUGUGUUAAUAUGGUUUUAACAUUGAAUAGAAAAACUGCCAAUAAAUCCUGGCACUAUAACCUUUUAAGUAGAAGUGUCCCUUUAAACAUUGAUAUGUAAUGUGCUUUUGUAAGGCGAUUUAUGUCUGUCUUAACAAGACAACAUGCUAAUGUACACUUGACAUCUGUUCCGACUGAGAAACCGUGCUUACAUUGUCAUUUUGUUCCCUAAUCAAUCAUAGGUGUCUGUUUAAAAUUAGAAGUGGAACAUUAAGGCAUCAACCAAAAUCUAGUAUAGGACCAUGUUAAAGAUAACAUGAUAAAGAUUGCUAACCAUGUCACUCCAGGUAAUUGUGGACCAUUUCUAAUGCUCAGGGAGCAUAUACUGGUUUACAGUUAGUCCACAAACCUAUUCAGUGCCAAAAUUACCAGUCCCCUUUUAUAGGACGUUCUAAAGUGGACGUCUGACUAUUAAUGGGUUAUCGUUUGAAAUCCGCAUGUACUUGUAAUCUAAACUAAAGCUAUUUUUACUUCUAGAGUUUUGUUCUCAAGCUUAUAGGAAAGUAUUUAACUUUUAGACUGCUUUUUCUCUUAUGCCAGAGUUUCUACACCUGAAGAAACUACAUUUCACCUUCUUCACUUGUCUUUAAUGAGAGAGUAUGUUGACUAUGAAUUUUCAUCUGUAAAAGUGAGUUACUGAUCAUGUUCUUAUGAUGACAUUAGAUUUCCAAAAUUAAAUGUAGCAAAAUAUGGAUUUCUUAACACUUUUUGUUUUUUGUUUUUGUAGAACAAGAUUUCAUUUGAAUAUGAUAUUGAAAGAAUAAUUGAUGAUUGGAUUUUAAUGGGAUUUCUUGUAGGCAAUGAUUUUAUUCCACAUCUACCUCAUUUGCAUAUUAACCAUGAUGCACUGCCUCUGUUGUACAGAACUUACAUUAGUGUCUUACCAGAACUUGGAGGUAUGUUUGUGGAAAAAAAGUUUUUAUAUAUAUUUUUUUUUUUUUUUCUCUCUCUACAAGAAUAUCUUCUUCUGUUAUGUGUCAAGUAACUGUUUGCAGUACCUGUUACUGUUAUAUGUAACCAUGGCAAAACCUUUUUUAAUUUUAUUUUGCUUCCUAGGUUACAUUAAUGAAAGUGGAUAUUUAAACCUAGUUCACUUCGAGAAGUAUCUCACUAAACUUUCAGCUGUAAGUAUAUAGAUCUUCAUUAUUGAAACAAAAGAACUUUUUUUUUUUUUUUUAACAAUGGUGUGUAUUAUUUAUUUUUAUUUAUUUUUCUUCUCCAUUUAACACUCCCAGAUGAUAGAUGAGCUCGGAAUAUAGUUGAGUUGGAGAAUUUUUCCAGUUUACCCAUUAUGUGUUAAGUUUGCAAUUCUUCAGUGAAUUAAUGAUAGUUCAGUUUAGCAAAUAAUUUAGUUCCUUAGAGUGCCCUCCACUAAUAUUGGAACCAGGGUUGUCAAUAUUAGUGGAGGACACUCUGUAUAAAAGUACCUGAGAUAUGCCUUUGACUGUCCUGUUCCUGGCUAAUUGAGACUACUCGCUGAAGUCUAAACUGAGCAGCGCUAAUUGCUAAAGGAAAAUCUGUGUUGACUAAGAUAUAGAUAUAUAUUACGUUAUGUUGGCAUGACUCUUGCUUGUACCUGCUAAUAUACAGUGCUGCUGACAGCCAUUCAUUCUGCACUUCUUAUUUCUAGUUUGACCGUGAGCAUUUCAAUGAAAUCUUUGUUGAUCUGAAGUGGUUUGAAAGUAAAGUGGGCAAUAAAUACCUCAAUGAGGCUGCAGGCCAAGCUGCUGAAGAAGCCAGAAAUGGAAAGAAAAAGAAAGGCAAUGUUAGUUCUGAUCCUAUAUACUUGGGUUUUUAUUAAUAUUUAUUUUAAUUGAAUUAUAUAUUUUUAUUUUAAUCUUGAUCCUUUUCAAAUUUAAAAAGAAAACUAGUUUUGAUUCCACUCCACACAAUGAGAUCAUGUGUGAUUCCAUCCCUACCAGUAUUUAUAGCAGCAUGCUUGGAACAUCUCCCUCCACCCCUCUAGUCUCCCAUAUUGUCAGCAUGCUCUGUGUGUGCUGAUGUCAGAAGUCCAAUAUGCACAUAAUUAACAUUAGCCAUCAGAACUCCUGUUCAGGGCUGGCUAGAGGCGCUCUAAUGACUCUACUGAAGGUGGAGUUACGCCUCCUGCAGCAGAGUGGGUAAACUUUCAUUGCAGAACACUGCACAUACAGUUUCCAAGUACCUGGCCACUUCAAAUCACUGAUAUAGUCAUGGUGCUUGGGAGUAACCCUUUAAUUCUCUAAAUUCAUGUUUACGCAGGCUACUGACACUUUAUGUUUGGUUGCAUUGGAAAAUAAUGGAGCGGAAAGUCCCAAAUGUAAGUAUAUUUAAUGUGUAAGAUGCAAUGCAAAAAACAAUGUAAAGCAAGCACAAGCUUUAUUUUUUUUUAUUUUUUCCUGUCCUAUUGUAUUUUAUAUCCCCACCUUCUAUAGACUAUAAGCUUGUUUAAGCAGGGUUCUCUUCAACCUAUUGUUACUGUAAGUUUUUUUUGUUUUUUUUUGUAAAGCGCUUCGGAAUCUGUUGGUGCUAUAUAAAUGCCAAUAAUAAUAUAAUUUUAUGGAUGAAAAUGUGUUUCAAAAAGUGUGCCUUAGCCUAAUUCCCUUUUUUUUUUUUUUUGAGCGAUUUCACCUUAAAUAUAAAAUUGACUUGUUUUUGUUACAAUAAUCUGUGUUUUAGUUAGACUAAGAAUAUUUCAGCCACUUGUAUUUUGGUUUGUUUGCCCUUGCUAGGUAUUGAAGAAGACCCAGAAGAUGAGGACUUGUUUGAGACAGAGUUCAGACAGUACAAGAGGGCGUACUACAUGUCUAAAAUGGGAGUGGAAGUUGUAUCUGAGUAAGUAAAUAAUCAUCUAAAAAAACAAACAAUAGUUAAUUUGAUCAUGCAUUUCAAGGUGUGUGGUUUUUAUUUUUAACACUACUCUCUUUCCUAAACCUCCUUACUUGUGCCCAUAUUUGUUCUAUUUUGCAUUUUCUUUGCCUUUAUAAUUGUUUUAUAAUGUGCUGUUCAGUUUUAUUCAUUAUAGGAAUAUCAUUUCUUAUUUAUUUAAGUGAGUUUCUGGCGAAUCAGGCUGAAUGUUAUGUCCAGGCAAUACAGUGGAUUUUGCACUAUUACUAUCAUGGAGUCCAGUCCUGGAGCUGGUAAGGGGAUACUUGUUCAACUGAGCAUAUUGCCACUGCUUGCAAAUGUAUUUAAUCAUUUUUUAGUAUUUCAGUCUUCCUUGCCUCGUGGCUACAUACAAGACCAACCAUUUAAACCAGAGACCAAGGUUGGCUUACCUAAAAACAAAACAAAAACACUUUAUUUUUAUUUAUUUUUUUUUAUUCUAACUGCUGGGGAACCUAAUCCUGUAUUUGACAGUUGCAGCAUCUCUCAGCAUCUUGUGUCCAUGGCCAUGAAGGAAUUAUCUUUUUAUGUUUCUAAAUGUAGGCUAUAGUAGGAUUUAGUUGUCCACAGCUGGCAUAUAUUUGGAGCAGUUGCUUGCUUUGAAGUAAAGGGUGAUUAUUUUCAAAGCACAUUAAAAUUGAAACACAAACUCAUCACGCAAAAAAGUUUACUUUUUUAUAUAAUAUAUAUAAUUUUUUUUUUUUUUUAUUCACUCUUUUAUUAACAUAUUAUUGAGAUUAAGUGUGAAAAUGAAAUUUAUUUUACAGCUCUUCAUAACCGUGAGAUGUAUAGAUCUAGAGAGAUAUAGAUAGCUGUCUCUACAUUGCAGAUUGCUAGUUAUUUGACAAAAUCUAGUGAUUGUUAAACACUGCAAUGUUAUGCUUUUACUCUGUUGGAUUUCAUAUGCACCUAUGGUUUUAUGCUUUUAGGUACUAUCCCUACCAUUAUGCACCAUAUCUGUCUGAUAUCCAAAAUAUUGGCCACCUCAAGCUUAGAUUUGAUUUGGAAAAGCCUUUCAUGCCCUUUGAACAGCUGCUGGCUGUUCUACCAGCUGCCAGUAAAGACUUGCUGCCUCGGGCAUACCAGGUAACGUGUGUUAGUGGUUUUAUUCACUUAUUUUUAUUACAUUUUCUCCCCUUUCCCUUCGUUGAUAUAUUCUCUCUCAUUGUGUGUACCAGAGUUUAAUGACCAAUGAAGACUCCCCAAUAAUCGAUUACUACCCACAAGACUUCAAAACUGACCUUAAUGGGAAGCAGCAAGAGUGGGAAGCAGUGGUGCUGAUCCCUUUCAUCGAUGAAGUAAGUCCUGUCUUCUACUCUGCACUACAGAACAAUCUAAAUUGUUGAUGAAGAUCUAUAGAAGGAUCCCGUGAUGCUAGUAUUCAUUUAUACCAAGCAGGAAAGCUCUAUAGACAACAUGACUUUUAGCACAUUUUCAACGCUUUAGCGUUCUGAUUGGACAAUAUAUGAUGUGUAAAGCCGAAGUGGCAGACCGUUUCAUUGGUAAAUCUUCCCAACCUAAAUCUGCUGCGAUUUAUGUUAAUCUGAUAGCCCCUCCUCCAGUCGUCUUUUAUUUCCAGGAAUUUAAAUAUUCGUCUAACCAUCCAAGGUUGAGUGAAUUUAAAACUAGAAGGCAGAAAUGAUCAUGUUUAUUACUGAUGUGCCAAGAGAGGCUUGGUUUCUGUCAAAUCUAACAAAAAAAUGACACCCAAAGACUCCUUGCACCAUAACCACUGUAAUAAAAUGUAUUCAUCAUGAUUCUUAGUGCCCAUUAGGAGCUCAUCCUUUUCAAUUAUGAAGAUGAAGGGUUUUCUAUUGUAAUUCGAUCUGAUGGGUGUUGAGGCAGGGUUGUAUGCUAAGGCUUCUCUGGCUCCUACAGAAACGAUUGCUGGAUGCCAUGAAUUCCUGCAAUAGCUUCCUCACAGAUGAUGAAAGGAAGAGAAAUCAACACAGCGAGUGCUUUAAAUAUUGGUAUGACAAAGAGACAGAUUUCAAGUACUUCUCACCUUGGCCAGAGAAAUUCCAGCACAUUGAACGUUGCCAUGGAAGGUAAGACCUCCUAUAAUGCUUGUUUUGCUUGUGCAUACCACAUAAUUCUCAUAGUCGAUGGCUUCAUAUGUCAUUUGGGAAUCACAUGUUCGAUCCAUGUUAAAUUUUUGAAAUUCUUAUUCUAGGUACAAAGCCAUUUCCCUGGAUGCUUGGCAUGUAGAUAUGGUUAAUAACAAAAUAACAAAGGUCAACAAAAGUGCACUGUAUUUUUGUGGCUUUCCUACUUUGAAGCACAUUAAGCACAAGGUAACUUCUUUGUUUAUUUGCCUUAAAAAUACUUUCAUAUGAAUAAAGCAUUGAUUCUGGUAUGCAAGGUCAGUGAACCUUUAAAAAUACAUCUUGGCAUCGUGGUCAACAUACAGGGUUAGUCAUGCAUUACUCCGAACAAGAAAGACCACUUUUUUGUGUUCGUGUAUAUCACAGGCUAGGUAAUAGGCUAUAGAUAUGCGUCUAGGUCGAUAAUAUAACACAUUCCUACACAAGAAUAAACUGUCUAGUCUAAGCUAAAAUUAAGACAGGAAUAUGAGAAUAGCAAAAUGAUCAGAUAGUGCUUGGUGAGUACGCUAGUAGUGUUCAAGAGCUAGGGUUAAUGGUUUUAACCCAAAAAGACUGUAUAAAGGCCUGUUUUGUGUGUGUUUUAUAUUUAUAUAUUUUUAUGUUAAAAAAAAUAUUUAUAUUUAUUUUUAUCUUUCCUGUGAAUUUUUAUGAAUGAGACUCCUUUCAGUGGUAGCUUAUCUUGGCACCCCAAAUGUUUAAUAACAUGUCCCAUGUAGUACAGCCAGUCCAUAAGGAUUUUAUUUAUUAACUGCCAAAAAAGAAAUAAACAAAAGCAAUACCUUGUGUCCUGUGUCAAUUGUUUGUGUUCAUAUUUUGCUCAGUAUUCUCUGAAGAAGUCUGGUGUUCAAGUUUUCCAGCAGAGUAGCCGAGGAGAAAACAUGAUUUUGCAUAUCCUUUUUAAUGAAGAUGCUGAAACAGAACAGGUGAGCAGGUCACAUGCUCUUUGUGCUUGUCUGAUGUGACUGCUACAGUGUGAGUAUAAAUGGUUUUAAUGUAUUACAAAAAGAGAGAUGGAUCUAUAUAUAUUCACUGUAGAUCCUUGCACUCUGGCUGUAAAUGAGUCAAAUGGCUGGGUGCAAUACCAGAGUUCCAAUAUUUAACUAUAGAUUGAAGAGUGCUGCACUCAGCGUCUUGAGUAAAACUCAACUUGUAUUCUAACACUGUUAAAAGAAAGAUCAACGUUUCAGUCCCAUUCAGGGACUUCCCUCAGGAUCACAAAUCUAAAAACAACAUACAUGGCUUGUGUGUGUAUGAAAUUUAUUCACUUGCCCCAGGUGCAGUGUAGAGACUGGCGCCCUGCCGGAUCCCAUGUGCGAGCAAGCUCAACUCCCACUUGUGAAGUGAUGAUGCUUCCUUCGUUGCUAUGGCAGCACGGCUUGUCGGUAAUCACUGUGGAAAUGUGGAAACACUGCUGUGAAUGCUCGAUCUCGAGCACAUAAGUGUCUUGUGGUAAUACUUAUGCAGCGCAGUUCUUUCAGAAGUUUUCUUUCAUUUUGUAUUUAGAUAAAUAAUUGUUUAUUUUGGGUUAUUUCAGGCUGUGGAGAAUGUCGCCGCUGCUGUGCUCGGGAAGUCCGUGUUUGUGAACUGGCCUCACUUGGAAGAAGCCCGGGUUGUCAUGGUGUCAGAUGGAGAGACAAAGCAAGUGACUUAAUUCUUACAGUAAUUCCAACUUAAUGUAUUUGGUAUUUGUUUCUGCCUUUUAAUAUAUUUUGUUUUAGUUCUAAUUAUCUGAUGAUCACAGUUGGCAAUUAAAGGGACACUUAUGCACCACAUCUUAAUGAACUGGCUUUUAUGCUUAGACCUUGUCCCUUUUGUGUGGUGUAAAGCUGUUUACAUUUUGCCAUAACCACUCCUCUUUUGGCUGUCAAUUACUGCCAGAAGGAGAACUUCCUAGACAAACGUUCUGCAACAUCACUUACAGCAAAAUACCACGGAACACUGUAAAGACUUCUCCUGGAGAAGCAUUUGAUAUAGUGCCUAGCUAUAAGAAGUAUCUGAUUGAUUAGCUUAGAGUGGUGGCUUCCAUGCAUUUCCAGUAGGUUCCCAAUGCUUUUCUAUUGGAUUGGACCAGAGAUCAACCGGACUUAUGAUCUCAGAAGCAGAGGAGAAAGCAGACCAUUAGACUAACUGGCGCUGACUAAAAGGUCCACGUCUAAAAGUAGUUAACACAUAAAAUGUUUACUCCAGGUAGAAAUUCUUACAUUUUAUAUAUUUAUUGGUUGCUGCCACUAGAUGCAUCUGUGCUUUUAUCCUUUCAGAUUCUAUCUAGAAGAACCUCACGGAACACAGACACUUUACACUGGAAGCUUGGUUCCACCAAUCAAAGUGACCUACGUUGGUGACAAAGAGCAAAACAUUUGGGUGAAGGAAGUCCAGGGAAUCUCUGAGCAGUAAGUUGGAAUUGCAACAAAAGGAUUGUUUAUCCUCCGUGGUAAAGGUUCAUCAUACUCAAACAUGUAACUGUAAAUCUUUUGCAGGUAGCCUGGUGAAGAGCAACACUUGUACUGACUGAAGUAACCACUCAGUAUUUAAAUUUGCCUAGUCCUCAAAGUUUAUAAAGAUAAUUUUCUUUCUAUGUACUGUAACAUUUUUUCUUCUCCCCUGAAUCUCAGUUUUAUGUAUUAAUAUAGAGCAUCAAUUUUACAUAUUUUCUAGUUUACUGUGUGCCCUUGGUAAACUCAUGCAUUUCUUUAUAGCUAUCAGAGGAGAAAGGGAGUCAUUAUCAAUGAGACAUCAGUAGUUUUGUAUGCUCAGCUGCUGACUGGCCGUCGGUACCAGUUAUCACAAAAUGGAGAAAUUACUUUUGAGAAACAGUGGUCCAAGCAGGUGCUCCCUUUUGCAUACCAGACCAUCGUCAAGGUGAGAAUAGAAUAAGUGUCAUUAUUACACUUCUUUUUAAAGUUAGUUGUAUGGUUUUCUGAGCCCUGUUUCUGCACAUGAAACACUGAUCUUGUAAAUGAUCUAGUGAUUUAAAGUGCAGUGCUUCUGUAAGGUCUUGAACAAUUGUCAUGCAGACUGUUUGUUUGUAAGGGUCCCCGGGUUAGCUUAUCUAUGGUUAGACAAAGCCUGUCUAACUGAGCAAUGAAGGAAAAAUCCGAAUUGACCCUGAUUGCUUCCAAUAGUAGGUAUAAUUGAUUUCUGAUAUCAAGCUGGAACAGAGUUUAUUUAGGUUUUCCACAUACCAGUCGUGAAUGUUCAUUGUAGGGAAAGAUGCAUAGUUGGCUCUAAAUUUGUAUUAAAUUAAAACAAAUGUACUGCUCUAACUUACCCUGUUUAAAAUAAUAAUAAUUGUGUAAUGGGUCAUAAUACAUUGAUUUUUGAAUAGUGUAUAUGCUGAUCAAGCUUGAAAUCUGUUUUGGACUGAACGAAGAAUAUGUUCUCCUUCUAUAUAACCUAAAAUUUUGUUAAAAUGUGCAAUUUCACCUUGCAGCUUGGCCAUAUAGCACCUGUACUAAUGCAGGUUUGUGGGAGGGGAGGUGGCGUUUUUUUAUUUAUUUAUUUUUUUAAUCUUCUUCAUUUUCAGGAUAUUACUGCCUUUGAUCCUGGUUCCACCCGAUUCAAAACUCUUGGUGAACUUUUUUGCCCUGGAAGUAUUGCAUUCAUGUUGGGGAAUCCUUAUUAUGGCUGCAUGGGAGAGGUACAUCUAUUUAAACCAUAAACAAUGGGUGCUUAAUUUUAAAUAACGCUGUAGCAUUGGGAAUACAAACCUAUUCAUAAUUCUGUAGAUUUCUGCUGGUUUUUUUUAUUUUUUUAUUUUUUUUUAUUUUUUAUUCAUUUCUUCUGUGGUAUGAGGCUGAUUGAGAAUUGUCAUUUGGGCUUUUAUUUUCUGUAUGAUCAAGGACCUAUGGGGAAGUUAAAGUGGAGUCUAUUGCUUUCAGAUAGCGGGAUGGUAAUGGUUUACAGUUUUCUUCCUAUGAAGGCUAAUCUUUUUUUGUUUUAUUCAUCUCUGUUAUAUUGUUGACACUCUACAUUGGAACCUAUACAUUUACAUAUUUCACCGUAGCCAUUUUCAAAAUGCAGUUUAAAUUCUCUUCACCUAUAAAAUUCUUGCUGUGAACUUUUUUUUUUUUUUCUUAUUUAUUUCCCCUUUUUAUAGAAGUAUCAACAUGUCUGUCUGUGUUUUGCAGGUGCAGGAUUCUUCUGAUGUGCUUAGUGAGAACAGAGUCCGUGUUCUUUUUAACAUUCCCCAGGAGCCACAACUAGAUGCCUUAAUACUGAAUCAGCAUGUAAGAAAAUCCUGCUAUUACUGGUUUUAUUCAUAUGGUGCCUCUCCUGUUGUGUUAAAGUGACACUGUAGGUUCAGCUCUUUGGACUAGCCUCGGUUCAAUGUCCCUUAACCCUACAGUGGUGGGAAUUGUAGUUUCUCAGAAACUGCAAUAAUUGCCUGCUAGGGUUAACUCCUCCUCUAGUGGGUGCCUAUCAGUUGGCCACUAGAGGGACUUCCGGGUGAUUAGAUGACUUUUGGAUGUUUAAAUGACGCUGGCCGUCCUCACACGUGAGGACUUCCAGCGUCACCGGAAUCCCCAUAGGAAAGCAUUGAUUAAUGCUUUCCUAUGGGGAAAUCCUAAUGCGAGCGUGGCCAUUGCUGCGCAUGCAUGUUGGGUCUCCCCACCGGCUGAAGUUGGCAUGGGAGGAGUGGACGGAGCCUGACCCAGCACCUAGGGACAUCUGUGCUGCAUUCAGGUAAGUGACUGAAGGGGUUUUAACCCCUUCAGCACUGAGGGAGGGGGCACUGUAGGAACCUAUCCCUUUUAAGGUCUAUACCUGCUCUACUGAUGUCUUUGGUUUUAAAAUAUUCACACACAUUGAGUUACAAUCUAUUGUGGAUGUGUUGCAGACAUUUUUAAUUUUAAAGUGACAACUAAUUUUAGAAUUAGAUUGUAUAUGCCCCUGGCAAAAUUAUGCUAUUUGUAUCAACUGCUCGCUUUUCUCUAAUAUUGCUUGUUUUUUUUAUAUUCCUGUAGAAGUUUUCUGUAAAGUAUAACCCUGGUUAUAUCUUGGCGAGCCGCCUUGGGGUGAAUGGUUACCUCGUUUCUAGGUUUACUGGGAGUAUCUUCAUUGGCAGAGGAUCCAAACGAAAGUAAGGUUUAAAAAAAAAAAGUAAAAUGUCCAUGUACUAUUUUGGAAGUCUAGUCGUUUGCAUUCUCAGCUGAAUUUUGCUUAAUUCUGGUGUACAGUCUGCUGCUACUUGAGUGAAUGAUCUGUGUGAGUGGUGAAUUUCAUAAGCAGCACCACAUUGGAUGGCAGUUAUUUGUUCUUAUUACCACUUCAGUAGCCAGAGGGCUAAAAGUAGCCUGAAGUUUUAAAAAAAGAAUUAAAAUGUAUUUCUCUCAAACUUGAUAUACGGGUUGUCGGCUCAGUCAGGUCUAAAUUUUCCUGGAAAAGUUGAAUAGCAUUAUCUUAAAUGUCCCUUGACUAGUGCCAGAAUGAUGCAAUGGAUGAAAUAUAUAUUAUAAUUUUUAUUUUUUUUUUAUUUUUUUUUAUUUUUUUUUAUUAUUAUUUUUUUUUAAUGUCUAAUAAUGUCAUUUAAUUUUUUUGAUAGCAUUGGGUAGUGUUGGGAAUGCUUUUGUUUUUGAUUAAUUUUACUUAAAAUGUUUUCACACAAUAACUAUUUGUGAUCACUUUGAUAGUUGUAGUAAUUUCAUGUUGCUUAUGAAGAGACUUGACUGCUGAAUAAUUCUCAUGUCAUUUUUGUAGUCCUCACGGAGAGCAGAGGGCGAAUGUUGGCCUAAAUCUGAAGUUCAAUAAGAAAAAUGAAGAAGUUCCUGGGUACACCAAAAGAGUAGGAACUGAGUGGACAUAUUCAUCUGCUGUAGAACAACUUCUUGGUGACUAUAUCGAAAGGUAAAAAAUCCCUAUGGGUUUUAGUGUUUGGUGAUUCACAUAAAUGCUUGAUCCAUUUGUGACGUGUUGGGCAGAACAUGUUCUACAAUUGCUACUUCCCAUUCCGCUGUGCAAUGAUGAUAAUCUGGUGACUGGUGCAGAUUUGGGCUGUUUUUAAAGGAUUACUCCAAUCAAAAACCUAUGAUUAAAAACGCUAAGAUCCCAAAAGGCAGGUCUUUCCCAGAUCAUAUCUUGCAUGUGCAGUGAGCUGCCACGGGUAUUUACUGACUCAUGUCGUAAGGUUAUUUUCCCUCACCAUUGAUGGCUGUUGGCAAAGGGCAACAUAGGCAAGUGGAAACUCGCUAGAGACUUUGCAAAUAUGUGCCACUUUUUGUGUUUAAAUUUCAGUUAAACUUGGGCACUGCCUAUAGGAGAUUUUUUUUUUUUCAUAGAGAUUCUGUAUUUAUGAAGAAUUCAAAUGUAACAGAGCUUACUUGAAUGGACAUCCAAACUGGAGUUGACAGACUAUCUUUUCAAUGCAUUAUGGAUCUAAAAUAUCAUUAAACAUGCCCAGGCAACUAUUGAUUAAAGCAUUUUUUUUUCUUUACUGUAAACCCUAUGGAUCUGCUGAGUUGUCUCGUUAUCUCAGCAAGUUCGAUCCUCCAAGUAUGCCAUUUCAUUUUUUAAAUUUUAUUUUUUCAAAGGAAGGGAAAAUCUCUGCAAACAAUUAGCAGCCACUGGGCAACUAUUUUUCCAUUCAAGUACCCUUAAGUAUAUGUGCAGUUCCUCUAGUGUAAUACUUUCAUUGAAAGCUGAAUGAGUCCAUACAAGUAACUUAGGAGUUCGAUGGUGUGUGCACAAUGUUCAGAGUCCAAAAUAGGGGUUGGGCAUAUAGCUCCUGUGACCUCUUAAUUAUGUUUAGAAUUGAUUAAUGAAAUUAACAGAGACUGGUCCAAAUGAAUCUUUGCACAAUUUUUUUUUUUUUUUUUUCCUUUCUUUUAAAGGUACCCAGAAUUGUUUACAUACAUCUCUAAACACAGCCAGGAUGAUGUGUUCUAUGAGGAUGACAUCUGGCCAGGAGUCGAGGAGAAUGGGUGAGAAAUCGAUCCAUUUAUUACAAAAUAGUCUGGUGAUACUUCUGUGUGAUAUGCCCACAACCCUUUGUCUCAUUGUUUUGAUAGUGCUGAGAAGGUCCAAGAAAUUGUGUCCUGGUUAAAGGCUCAUCCUGUGAGCUUGCUGUCUCGAUCAUCUUGUGAUUUACAAAUCUUGGAUUCUGCCAUAGUUGAGAUGAUUGAAGAAGAAAUCGAAAAGUGCAAGGUUGGAUCAGCAAUUAAAAAAAGUUUAAAUCAAAUUAAUUAUUCUACAAGAGGGAGUUGUAAAACUCUCCUAUUGCUUUGCCAGAUUAAUUAGUAACCAGUUGUCCACCAUCCACCGUACUACAGAAAUAUAUUUAAUAAUUCUACGGUCAUCCGCUUUACGUGAUUUCAACAGUAUAUGAGGGGUAUAUUUAUGUGAGACACCCGUACACUACAAUACCUGCUUUCCAUAAGUAAUUUCCCUUAAAUUAAAUGUGGGAUUGCCAGCGGUAAGAAACAAGUGACACAUCAUUAGCUUUGAAUGUAAAAUAAUCAGUGAUAUAACGGUGGUUCCAAACCCAGUCCUGUUGUCACAUCAGCAGUAAGAUUACUGACAAAACCUGUACCAUUAGUGUGCUUUGAGGAUUGGAUUGGGAAGCACUGGUCUAUGGGAUGAAAUGAUGUGCUUUUAUGUUGCGGUCUCACAGAGGGGAAGUGUGGUGCCUGGAUUGGUAUGUUUUGUUGUCUUGGUAAUUUCUGUGCUCUGUAUUUUGCAUUGUGAAUUGUGUAACCUUCACUGUCUUUGUUCUGCUUUCUAGCUAAAGAAGAGCAGUAAAAAAGUGCGCGUUACUGUGAAACCUCAUUUAUUAUUCAGGGUAAGUUACUUAAAAUUUGUAUUUGCAACUUUCUUUUAAACAUGCCUGCCAAACCACAUGAAUGAGGGCAGCCAGCCCUAAAAAUGUUAUCCAGCUUAAUAAAAAGAAUCCUUUUGCUCCGUCUCCAAUAUAAGUGAUUUUUUUUUUUUUUUUUUUUUUAAACAAAAUUGAUAUUGCAAGCUGUUUCCAUACUGUAAAGUUUAGUCUUCUAACAAAUUAUUCUUUAUAACCCCCUUCCCCGUGUCACUAUGUUUGGCACUGUGCACAAAACAGAAGUCUGUGACAUGGGGCAAAGCUUACUUUUCAUGUUGGGAAGCAAUGUGCAUGGCUGAAUGGUGUGUGGGUUUUUUUUUUUUUUUUUAAAUUACCACAGUGUAGAACAAAAAGCAAUCAUGGUUUUUAAUUUAAUUUUAUUGCAUUUUAAUAUAGUUUUUAGUUUUGUAUGAUUGUUGAAAAUGUAAAAUGGCCCACAGAUGCAAAUAUUGUACUGCAAAUUUAUUUUGAUGGAGCAUAUUUAAAACUUUUCUGCUGUGAUCUUAAUGAUAUAGGAAUUUUGAUUUUGCACAACAUACGGUAUAACAUCGCUUUUUUGGGGUGGGUGUGGGUGGGCUGUAAAUGUAGUUGCUGCAAACUGUUCCAUGUGCAGUAUGUUUCACUUCCAAGUCUCUUUGUGUGACAGCCCCUUCAGCAACAGCAUGGUGUGGUUCCGGACCGAGAUGCUGAAUUCCGCCUGUUUGAUCGAGUUGUUAACGUGCGAGAGAGCUUCUCUGUCCCACUGGGUCUCAGAGGGACUGUUAUUGGCAUCAAAGGAGGUGGCUAUGAAUCAAGUUUUUUUUUUUUUUUUUUUUUUUUUUUUUUUUUUUUUUUUUUUUUUUUUUUCGUCCUUUUAUUUUUCUGGACGUAUUACAAAUAGACUUUAAAGUGUAUGAUGAACUUCUCAUUGAUAUUAUCAGCACUGCCCCUGAGAGCAGCUGAAUUAAACAAAAAAAAUAAUAAAAAAACACUUGCGCAUGUGUUCCUUAGUUUUAGUAUAGUUGGGCAAGUCAUGUUUGAAUAAGCAACUGAUAAUCAUCCCUGCUAAAAUGAAAUUGUGUUAACAUACUGGAAUGUUUAGAUUCUAUGCUUUGUUCACAAAUUUGUCAAUUAGUUGUAUAUAGAUUGCAUAACAAUCUCUAUCUUUGUAAUUGAAGCUGAGCGUGACAUGGAUGUGCUUCUCGAGGUAUUGUUUGAUGAAGAAUUCCUUGGUGGGCUUACAUUAAGGUAUAGUUUUAGGUUUAAAUCGAUGUACAGCAAACUGUCAAACUUUCAAGUAGUUUGUGAAAUAAAUUUAAAAAUGUUAUUUUUCAAACUAGAUGUUCUCAGACUAGAGGUUAUCGUUUGCCAACAAGUGCCUUAAUCAAUCUUUCUCACGGUUAUCGUGUUGAAACUGGAGGUCAGAAACUUACUGCUGUAGUAAAACCACAAGCAACAUCCAAUCACUUUGACCCUUACUCCCCUGAAGUCUCUGCAAGAGGAUCACAAAAAGGCCAUCUGGGAGCUCUCAACCACUCUCCACGCUCCCUUUUUAUUCCUACGAAGGUGAGCCUCCACAUUUAUUUGCUAUAGCAUUAUUAUGCUGCCAUAUGUGAAACAAAAUGGGGCGUUUACCUUUAAUUGACUGCAAACAUUGCCACAAGCAUAUAAAUUACAUUAAAGAAUAAUUUGCAUAUUGUAAUAAAAAGGAAUGCAGAAAAUGCAUUGAAACAUCCUUGUUUUCCAAAGCUGGAGAUUGACAUUGUGUACAUUUUGUAUUCCUUUGAAUGUCACCAGGAUUUUCACAGCAGACUGUUUGCACUUAAAAUGCAGUUCUGAUACUUCAAAAAUAGGAAUUUCAAAAAGCACAAAUGUUUUCUGCAAAUAGUAAUACAUGUAAAACAAACAUCUACUUGACUGCCCAGUCUGGCGGUUAAACUAUGAUGAUUACACAACACUGUUGAUUCCCUUUAAUUUCUCAGCCAUGUCUGAGCUGCGUAUGAAAGUCUCUGUAUGGGGACUAAACUGCUUAGUGACAGAAUUUACCAGUUCACUGAUUUCUCUGUUAUCCUUCAGCAAAAUGGAAAGCCGCAUUAUCAGGGAAGUGCUGGCUCACCACAGAAAGGAUUUGUUUCUGCUGGAAAUCAGAAGCAAAAGGCAAGUUAUCUGAAAUCUUAUUGUCUAAACUUGUGCACCUUUUUGUUCUGUCGUUUCACAUGUUUUAGAUCUUUCAGAAUGCAGACUGAGCUUCAAGCACGGUCCACACAUAUCUGUUCUUGGCUAAUGUUAUUACUUUAUUUUUUUUUUUUUAUCUAGACUCCGCAAAAACAAGACGAUGAAUAUUGCAACGUGUGGCAGUCCCUACAAGGAUCUGGAAAAUCACAACAUGCACAUCAAAACAUGCACAACAAGGUUUGUUUAUUAUGGCACAAAAAAUGUUUCGAAGUAUACAGGCUGGAAAUCAUUUAGUUUUUUUUUUAUUUGUGAUAGGGUGCUAGUCUACCUCAGGAAAACAAGCCUGAAGAUAGUAACCAAUUUCAUAAAUCAGGCUCUGCUGAGAAUCUCCCAAAGUGCCAGCAAAGAAAGCAGGAGUCUGGAUGGAAAAGUAAGUUGGAAAAUAUUGCAACUUAAUACUUUGUUUACUUUUCCAUACCCCAAAAAAAAAAAAUCUGAAUAAGAUUACAUCUAUUCUGGGUGAGAAACAUUGGCCAUGUUUGUGGUCACUGAUUGGGCAGAGGAUGUUGUAGUUAAAGGAGAAUAUGUAUUUAUGAGCUGGGGAAAAAACGAAAUGUAAAAGUAGAAAUCCACAACUCUUUUUAUUUUGUGACUGGGUGUCUGUCUUGCCUCCCUGUCAAUCAUUGUUGUUGGUUCUAUAAUAUUUAUUCAUGGUAGACUCCUGGUAGAAAAGAAGCAUUAAAAAAGUGUUUUCUCUGGCUGUAAUUCAUAUUGAUGUCCUUUGAUCAAUCCUUUAAGAUAUAGUUAAAAGAAAAAAUGGAAUCACAUGAUAGUGUUAGAGGAACACUCCAUACACCUAAAGCACUGUAGCUUUCCAAAAUGCUUUGUUUAAAAUUUUAGACCGUGCACAUUUCAGCAGAAAUUCAAUUCGACAUCUAGUCCUGUUGUAUCCUGGUUUAUUUACCUCAGUGGAGACAAACGCAAGAGAUAGACAAUAGCCCAGAGCACCUGCCUUGCAAAGGUUGCAGACGAGAUCUGUAGCUUUUCCAAGCAUUUAUUUAUUUAUUCAAUAUCCACUGUGAUUUAAAAGUAAAAUAAAAUACUACAUGCUUGAGUUAGGUUUGCAAAAUGUACCCGUUUUUUAUUAAAGUGCUUCUCUCAGGACAAUAACGUGCAGAAAAUUUAUUUUGUAACUUCAUAUAUUUUAGUGAAAGACGAUUUCAAGUUUACAAAGAAUGAAAACCAGAAGCAGGAAGAAUUAAACAAACAGGUAAACUACCUUGAUGCUGGUGUUAUCGUACAUGUUUCUGGAGACGUUUUGCCAUUUCCCAAAGGGAACUGAUUUCUUUUCACAAGUUUGCAAUUACCUUUUAUUAUGGAUGCAGAAAUGCUAAAAUGAGAAAAUGCUGGCUACCAUAAAAUACCAAAACUUCCCAUAUCUCCUAUUAUACAUAAAAAUAAAAAAAAAGUUUCAAGUAACUUUUUUUUAUUUAUUUUUUUAAUAAAUCCUCAACUACCUCAGUUCAGUGUAAUUUUGCUAAUCACUCAAGGUGCCGCUAUUUUCUACCCUUUUACGUCAAAUGCUGCUGAGCAGCGGGCAUUGUAUAUCCUGUCCAGAUUUACUAUACACAAUCCUGAUUCUUUCAAUAUAAGUCACAUACAAAUGAUAUAUUGGCAAUAUUCGCUUGGCCUUCUCAGCCCCUAUCCAUGUAUUCAGAUCACUCAAUUGCCUUUCUCAGAAGUUGUACUUAUUUUCUACUGACAAUCUGUGGAUAUAAACAUGCAAGUUUUAAACAAAAAUAAAGUUAAAAUCUUGUCAGCUGGAUGGCAUAAAAACAGCAUGUGUGUUUCUGGAUGCAUGCUAUUUUUAAACACACCCUGACAACUAACCAAAUCAACACGCUUACAAACCAAUCCGUGUCGCCUGCCACGAAAGCAGUGGUUUGGUAGUGAAGAUUUUAGUGACUUCUACUGCAGUGAGAGCUUUUUUUUAUAUUCUAUGACUUAUUUUGAAUGGAAUCACUUAAAACAAGUCACUCACUGUAGGUAUAAAACAUGAAGGGUGUGAAAUAUUUUAACUUCAUUGCUUUAAAAACACAAGAGUUGAAUAUGUUUCCAAGCAGACUUACAGUAGUGGGAUUGUAAAUUUAUCUGUACUGUUACAGAAUGUUUCCAAACCUGGUAAACAGGUCAAGCUUUUGAAGAGAAAUGACCAUCAAUCUGAAAGUCAGAUGGAUAAAAUUAAUCCUAGCAGCAUAGAUGGAAAGGUAAUGAGCCAUGUUCUCUGUGCAUGUGUCUUCUCUAAUUACAAGACAUUAUAUAUGGAUUGUCUAUGAUGAAUUUUGACAAUUUACACAAAUGCUCAUCUGUUUUGUUUGUUUUUCUCCUAGUUGAACAAUGAAUUUGAAAACUUUAUUGCAUCCCUGAAUAUUUCAAAAGAACAAGGAGGGCAGCCUGCUGCUUCCACAGAGGCCAAAGACACUACCGAGGAACACUUAUCUCCACAGUCUUUUGCCAUGGUUCGUAAUUAUCAUAUAAAUAUGAUCUCUUCUUUUUUUAAAUGGUUGUGGUCAUUAAGCAACACUGUCACUUUCCUAAACUUGGACUAUACGGGGAAAAACCUGCAUGGUGGAGAAGGGACACAUGUGUUUGUACAGUUUUGGGAAAAGCCACAGCUUUAGUCAUCUACUUGCCUCGCAUGAGGGAUGAUUGAGUGAGAAGAUCUAUACAGAAUCUGUCGACUUACAGUAUCCUGUUUUAUAAUAAACUUGAGUUACUUGGAUGGUCCAUGGCAAAAUCACCAAAGGUGAUAUUCUACUAGCCAUGGAUAAAUUUCACUCGCCAUUGGCGAAUGGAAAUAUAUUAUCUCUGUAUCCAGCUCUUCGACCGUGCAUCUGUUUCUUUGGAACCAUCUUUUUGUUUCCCAUUCAACCUCUUCAGGCCUGAAAUUUUACCACAAUCCUGGAGCUUCACUGCAAGAACUAGCCCUGCUUUUAGGCAAUUCAUAGAAAAUAUUUGUCUGGAAAUGGGCAAUAUAGUGUCCGUUACUGUCCAAUUACAAGCAUCCUUAAAGGGACACUAUAGUCACUAAAACAACUUCAGCUUAAUGCAGAAGUUUUUGUGUAUAGAUCAUGCCCCUGCAGUCUCAUUGCACAAUUCUGUAAUUUAGGAGUUAAAUCACUUUAUUUAUGCAGCCUAGUCACAACUCACUGCAUGUGACUUGCAAUGCCUUCCUAAACACUAAUGUUUACACUUCCUUUAUUGCAAAUUCUUUUUCAUUUAGAAUUUAUCUCCUGCCCUGUUAAUAGUCUGCUAUACCCUCCAGGAAACUCUUGUAUGUAAUUGAAGAUCAAUUUACAGAGCAGGAGACAAAACUUUAAUCUGAUUGAAAUUGGAACCUUUUUUUAAAAUGAAGUCUGUGUCCGUCACAGCCAGGAGGGAGGGUUGCCUAAACAAAAACAAAAGUGAUUGAACUCCUAAAUGACAGAGAAUUGAGCAGUGGGACUUCAGGGGCACAAUCCAUACACUAAAACUUCUUCAUUAAACUAAAGUAGUUUUGGUGACUACAGGGUCCCUUUAAAGAAUAUACUUCACAUAUACUGUACAAGUCACUCAUUCCAACAAUUCAAGAACUGUGAAAAUACCACUGGCACUUGCACUUUGUGAAGUUUAAGAUCUAGACAGAAAAAGAUGGUUAUAGUUAAUCAAAUAGAUUUUCUUUAGCUAUAAAUCGGUAGGGGGGUGUGUGUGCGCACGUGUGUGUGCGUAAAAUAAACCUCUCACCUUGUGAGACAUUAAGCAGUAGUGACGUGGUAGGAUGUUCUGUGGAAAAAAAAGUAUUGUAUAUUCUGUUAUACAAUACGUGCUACUCUUAUUUUGGAGUUAAUUCAGUGCUAGAAUUUUAGAUGGGUUUUAAACAUAACAGGUAUUGUAACAAAUUGGGUCUUAAACAGUCCCUUCAAAAUACAGAGCUUGAUGUGUGGGUUGAAAUGGCGAUUUGUUUAUAAAUGAUUGUUUCCAGGCUGUUUAUCCCUACAGGACAAAGUGUGGUAGGUUAUGAUUGCUUUAUAUUUUGCUUGAUCUUUCAGAAAGGAACACAAAUGCUGAAGGAGAUCUUGAAGAUUGAUAGUACAGAACCUGGAGACCAGCAACACAAGGAGACUAAGAAAGAUCCACCUUCAGUACCUAUGCUGCACAAACAAGCAAAGCAAAUUGGUAACGUUCUAUUGUUUUAUUGAUAAGGACAUAAACAUUUGGAUUUUAUUACAUAUCAAAACACUGGGUCUUCAUCCACCUCACUAGUGCUUGAAGUAAUUGAUCAAAGUUAAUCUAAAAACAGUCAGAUCUUUAAAGCUUCAGCUUUAUGUAUGAUGUGUGGGCCCUUUUGUUUUAACUAGAAAUUAGCAUUUUUUUAAUAUAUUUUUUUAAAUAUUAUAAAGAACUGUGGUGUAUCCCUCUGGUCCUGCUACUUCCUGGUUUGGUUAGUUUAGUGGAGCCAAACUCAAGAGGCAGUAAUUACCCAGAGCACCUGCCUUGCAAAAAACCUCACUUUGGGAAGUUUCUGAUUGGACAGCCACAUAUAGUCUGGGCUUCAAAAAAGCGAUCUUCAUGUACUUGGGUAAUUUCAGGAAAAAUCUUAUUUUGUAUACUUUAAUAAUUUUUUUUUUUUUAAAUAGCUAGCUGUUUUAAUUCUCAAAAGCGUAUUUGUAAUUUAAAGUUUUCUAAUCGCAUUUUAGGGUAAAACUUUUUUAUAAUGUAGAACAACAAAAAAAUAGAGCGCAGUAUAUUUGAAUGGUUUAGGUACGCAGUGUUUUAACACAAGAUAAGUUAAGACCAACUUGAGAACUGAACAGGGACUCGCUGAAGGGAAAGUUUGGUUUCAACAACCCAAAAAUAUUAUUUAAAAAAAAAAAAAGACUUUUUUUAUAUAUAUCUCUAUCUUGUGCUAAUGAAUACUUUGAAGUUUCUCUUCAGUUUGCAGUGUAAUUACGUAAUUGGCCUUAAGUUGAUGUUCUAUAGCUCUGACUAUUGAUAUGUGAAUUGUAAUGAUUUGAAUGAAUUGCUUGUUACAGCUGUACGUUUGACCAGACCCUUAGGGCCAGGACAGUGUUUCAAUUCUCCCAACCAAGAACUGUUACGUCCACCACUGCUUCCUCAGCCGCCACCGUUGGGAACACCAGUGUCUGAACUUACACGUAUCUGCACCACAGUGGGAAUGCACUCACCAGAGUUUUCAUAUUUACGAACUCCACAGGUAAUGUGUGUGUGUGUGUGUGUAUUUGUAUUGAUUUUAUUCAUGCAUACUAUGUACAGGGUAACUCAAAUGUCAAGAACUACCCACAUUCCUGUAAGGUAUUGGAAUAAUAUCACAAUCUAAUUAUCCAAUUGGAGUGCUUGUUACUUUUUGUUACCCUGCUUUAAGAUGCUUAACAGAUUUAAUCUCAGCAUUACCAUUAAGAUAUGACAUACUAGUUUUUGAGUGUGUCCUCUAUUUUAUUUGUAGAUUAGAUAUGUAUACAUGGUUAUUUACUAAAGUGAGAAUUCUACGUGAGUUUCAAGUUUAAGGUCAAAAUAGCAGAACUGGAAAAAUUCUCGCUUGGCUAUUUCAUCUUGGCUACUCUGGUCUUAAAUUUGAAAUUCACUUUUCAUUAUUACUUCAGUAACCCUGAUAGUUCUAUAUAUUUGUAUUAUACACUUUGCAUCCUUGGUGACUUUAGUAACAGUUUUGUAUAUUGAGCCAUUUUGCACAUCUUUGUUGUACCUGGCAUUCACCACAUGUUGCAGACCAGACCUGUUUUAAGUCUCUCCCUCCUUAUUUUUUUUUUUUUUUUUUUCUUCCUCUGUGGUUGUGGUGUGUAUUUGUUGCAGGGUUUGACCGUUUGUCAAGUGAAGCUGUCAAAUGGUUUCAUCUCGCAUGGUCCUCAGUGUCAUGCAGAAAACGAAGCAAAGGAGAAAGCCGCUUUGUUUGCUUUGCAAAGACUGGUAAAUGGCGAAAACUUCUGUUUGCAUGUCAAACUACCUUUUUGUUUUGUUCGAGUUGGCCAUCUACAAAAUGUCAUAGUGUUCGAUUCCAAAAGCACUUUAUAUUUAAAUACUGUACUAAUAGUUAAUGGUGUUGGUUACAUGUUUAUGUAAUUUUGCCCAGAGAUUCACGCACCCUUCUCUAUUGAAAUCAUGUUUAGAGCAUCUUAAACACACUUGAUUCUACUGGUAGAUGGUGGUGGAACUACCAGAUUCGCUGUAAUUCUGUCUAAGAGUAGCCCAGGCUAGGCAUGGGCCACCCCUUGCAAAACGAUUAUUUAGUACAUUACCAAUUUUGCAGUAUAUAUUAAAUAACUGAUAAAUUACUGUAGGGAGAACUUUAGAGAGAAUGAGUGCUUCAGUGGUUUAUCUAACCCUCACACUACAGAGGGAUAUAUUGGCAAUUUGCCUGCUGGCUGUUAGUGGGCCACAGAGUGGAACAGUCUGCUGAAAUUCAGCGAUCAGUGAGAAUUUUCACUGAUUUUCGUCUCGAACAAACAAACGUGACUGAAAGUCUGUCAAAUCAGAAAAAAAAAUCUGUUUGACAAUAUUGUCCAUUGUAGCAAUCGAUGAUUGCUGUAGUGUAGGGGUUAAGUGAACCUAAUUUGAAACAAAAAGUAAUUUAAUUUUAAAUCUGUUUCCAGUAUUUUCUAAGCAUGCUACAUUGAACAUUUAUGUUUAUGGAGUGGAUCAUAAUGUAAUAGUAAUAUAUGUGCACUAUUAGAUCGUAUUUUAGUGUGACAAUAAGUGAAUUCAAUAUUUAAAUCCCGAAAAGACAAGACAAACCUGUUUACCAUUAUGUGUAUGAUAUAUGUAGCUCUUGUCACACGAUCUUCAAGUGCAUUAAUAUGAAAACUAUUCUGAAAUGAUUGCGUAUGCUGUUAAAGCGUAUAAUGCUACAAACUAUACAAUGGGUGUAUGAAUAAACUAGUGUUAUCAAUGAACACUCUGUCAUAAGAAAUGUGCUGUUUUGUUCAGAACACAAAUACUUUACAUGUUGUCUACAUGUUUAAAUUUCCCAUUACACUUUUCCACAAUGAUGCUUUGUUGUUUCUUUGUGUUCUUCUGUAUGUGCCAAUUCUUCAAAAUAUCGGUUUCCAUGUAUACAUAAUUUGUAUUCCUGGAGUUGUAAUGGAAUUCAAUGCAAAUUUGUAUUUUUUUUAAAGUUAAAAUCUGCAAUUUAUUGGCCACUCCAUAACAUGGGUACCAUGUAAAGUCUUGGCAUGGAUGAUUUGUGAAACAAACAAUCCUUGAGAAAUGAAAAAUCCAUCUCUCGUGUAUUUUUUUAUUUUAUGCAUUGGCAUUAUUUAAAUGUGCACUCACUUCCCCUUUUCCACAAAAAAUAGACUAUAUAGUUAAUGUUCUGCCUAACGGGCAUUCCUUUUUAUUUAGUUAACUUUUUUUAUUCUUUGUGCAGAGUACUGUUGGACUAAAUUUCCCAUAUGCAGCACCACCACCUAUGUUUCCUAAUUUUCAGCCUUUGGGAGGGACUCUAUCUACGGGACCAAUCCCUUCAGUUUUUCCUCCGCAAACGGGUAUGUUUGACUUCUAGAUUUUCUGCUUUUAAAGUCACUGGUGAUCAGGUUGUUUCUGCACAUGAGUAGACCGUAUGUUCCCAGAGUUAAAGAUCCACUAAAGUCAUGUUCUAUGAACAGCCACUGAAGGCCCUUCCACUGUAAUGACAAAGUAAAACUGUCACCUGGCAUUGCAGCAUUGAUUCACUGCUUUCUUUUGGGGAAGCUUUGAUGUGGACGACACUCAAUGUGCAUGCACAACUGUUCCCCAAUGCAGAGCACUGGAUUGGGAAAAAAGUGUAAUAAAUUGUAGGCAAUAGGCUAGAGAAAAAGAAAAUAAAAACAGGUAUGUGUCUUGGUUAGCAAGAGUAGUUAUCCAACAGCAAUAGCACAGUGGGAUUUAAUGUAGAUAAAUUGCGAUACAAAAAACAAUUGCUUAUUUGUGUUGUAAUUUUUACUUAACAAAAUUUAAAUUUUGUAGCAAAUUUGAUCCCGUCUGCACCACAUGUCUUUGGAGCAACCUCAUGGCGAAACUCAAUGCCGCUUCAUGGCAAACCUUUUUAUCCAGGUCCAGGUUCUUAUCCUAGUAACACACCCAUGGUGGGGCAUAUGGCAGCUGGUACUCACAACCAAUUUAUACCACUACAGGUAAGCAAUUACAAAAUGCUUUGGGUAUUGCCAUCUUGCAUUGAAUUUAAAAAUAGAAAUGUGUGCCAGGCAUAUUGACCAAGAAUUGAAUAUUUCUAAUAAUUGGAAUUGCUAGGAAGCAAAGCAGAGAUAUUUAUAAACGGCACGUGUUUUUUUUUUUUUUUUGCAAUCUUUAUGGAGUGUGGGUCUAAUGCUGCUUUGUUCGAAGCAUUGGACUGACAGGUCACUGAGAUAGCUGAGCAUUGCUUCAUUUUAUUAAACAAAAGUAGUUGAGAUUGAUGACUUACUACCAUAAAGAGAAUCGGGCUGCAGUGUUUAGGCAUUGUAAUAAAGGUAUGUUUUUAAUGGCAAUUUUAUUUAUAUACUUUUUCUCUUUUUUUUUUUUUUUUUUUUAAAUUCUCCCCCUUCCCCCCAAGAGACCAGUUGGUCUGCUUUGUUACAAUGAUUUUAUUUAGAUAAAAAAAAAAAAAAAAAUACUUUUAGAAUGUUCUUUUACUGCAUUACAUAUUUUAGUUUUUAAUAAUAACUUUUGGGAGUCAAAGUCUUAUAUCAUUUGUUUUCUAGCAAAUCAAUUUGCCUUUAAAAAAAAAAAAAAAAAAAACGAAUUUGAGUUUUUGUUUCUUAUGAAAAAUAAAUACAAAAUUACGUAUACCUUAGUUUUAUAUUAAUUUUCCUGUUUUUUUGUUUUUUGUUUUUUUUUACCCCAGGUAACAAAGCAAAGGGUAGCGGUGAACAAAACAGACUUCAGGGAGCCGUCAAAUACUUCCCAGGGUCUCGUAAAUAAUCCUCAGCUGAUCCCUGAUGUUGGAAGCCCAGUAACAACAGAUAUUUCUUCCACCACACUGUCUCCUAAAACCACUCCCAACACUACGCCUGAUAAAGGUGCUUCAUCUGGUCCAAAGACUUCUCACAACAGGACAACCCCAGGCUCGGGUAGCAGACGGAAACCACGAAAAUUAGCUGUUAACUUCAAUGCUCCAAAGACCACAGAUUAGACAAGCUUCUAGAAAGUCCAUUUCCACCAACUGUAUAACCUUGCCUUAAAAUGCUGUGUAUAAAAAGGAGUGAGCUGCUGUCUUGCAUUUUUUUUUUUCCCUGUUUUUUGUUAAAAAUGUUGCCAACCAAUUUUUUUUUUGUUUACAGGCUAAUGACACUUAAAACCAUUUUUUCUUUCUUAGAACACCACUUAACAUUGCAUUUUAUCAAUCCCCUUCCUCCUCUCCUCCCCCUCUCCCCAUUCAGCACGGAAGUCACUUUAGAACAUUUAAAAGGAAAAGUACUUUUUUGUUGAUGAGUGGCAUUAAUCUCUAUAUACCUUCAUUAUGGUGUCUGAAGUCUGUAGAUGCCUACAGCAACUCCCCUCCCCCCCCUAUUUUUAAAAACGAAUCUGUGUGCUAAUCUGCCAAUUGUGACCACAAUGUAAGCACUGAAAGAAUGAGAUGUUUUCUCAGUCACCUCAAUGUAUUUUAAAAUGGGCACUGGGUUUGUCUACAUUUGCCUUGCCUUCCUGAUUCUUCAAAUCUGUGUUUUUAAUUAGGAACAUAUUUUGUGAUUUAUACGUUUAAUGGUGCAUAACAGUAAGUUAACAAAUUGAUUCUGUUCAGGCCAAAAAGUUACGUUGGUGGAUUUCCCCCUCCACUCAAUACUUUUCUAUUUCACUGUAACAUUUUCAGCUUUGCAACUUACUGUUAAAGGAAUAAGCCCAAUGUCUAAUUAUUCUACUGUGUUUAAGUCUUAAUUACUCCAUUAUUUCUAGAAAGCGAGCAUCCAUUACCUGCAGAGCAAUCUGUUUGUAGCACCCUGGUUCCUGACCUUUUAAAUAUUAACCAGUGUUUUUUUUUCAUUGAAAACAAGGUAUACAGACUUUUUGCUUAUUUAGUAUUUGAGUCUUCACAUAUUCAUAAGCUUUGCCGCUAUUUAAGUUUGGAAAAUGCUUUUUAUGAAUUUUUCUUUACCCACAUGGGAUUUUAUUUUUUAAGUACUGGAAUUUUUUCAUUGGAUCUUAUAAAGAAGAAUAUUUUAUUAAAAAAAAUAAAUAAAUAAAUUAAAUAAAAGGGAAGACUUUUACAUGCUCAUUUUGUCUAUAAUGUCUACAUAUUGUUUUUAUUUAAAAAAAAAAAAAAUAAUUAAACAAAUAAUGGUCUGUGCUUUAGUAAACUAUGUCUGUAAAGUUGCAUGAGCUUGUGAUUAUUUGGUUUUAUUUUUAUUUUUUUAAUUAUGGAGUGCAGUUCGGAAACCAUGGCAUGGAGCUGCACCUUUACAUCAUUCAAGUAACCUGUUUUGACAUUUCAUUAUAAAAUGUUGAUUGCAGACAUUGUACAUCUGUUUCAUUAAAAGUAUAUGCAAUGUUGUGGA